AUGUGUCUGUCAGCCAACCAUUUUCCAGACUGUUACCACAACACGUUGAGCGCAGAAUGCAAACGGGCGUGCGGAGACUGUCGAGAUAACAUCACGUGUAACGCUAUUGUCGGUAUGUUAGACGUCGGCUGUGACCCUGGUGUGUACGUCACCUUAGACAAACCCAUGUGCAACCAGGAAUGUUGUAAUGGGAUGAACGGACUGGGAUGCGCCUACAAGUGCGGAGCAUGCGCGGACGGGACGCCAUGUAACAAGUCUUCGGGGCUGUGUCCAGGGGAAUGUGACCCGGGAUUUGUCGGGGUCAUGUGCACAGAAAAGGACGGUGCCCUGGCGCCGGUGAGUGUCGCUCUCUUGGUGAUCGGCAUUCUUUUCCUAAUCGCCGGACUCAGGAUUCUGUUCGCCAUAUGGGUGUACAAGAAGAGAGUAACGUAA